GGUGAGAAUACGAGUUACUCCGAGAGGCUUGCACAGUUUAGCAUCACGAUCUGCGACGUCGAUCAUCUUUAACCAUCAUGGCCACUAAUCUCAGCGGGACUCAUUUGCUUCAUGCAGACGAAGGCUUUCCUGGGCACGAGGUAUCGCCUUCGAUCUCAGUGACUACGACUUUCAGGAGAGAUGCACCGUUUGAGGAUCCGGACAUCGUAGCUCCGGGGAGUAGAGGCAACCACCACGACUACUCCAGAUAUUCGCACGAUGUGAGCGACCGAGUGGUCGCAGUGCUGAACAAGAUUACUAAUGGACACUCCAUAACUUACUCGUCUGGCCUGGCAGCAGCGUUUUCCGCACUCAUUCAUUACAAGCCUCGACGAAUCGCGAUCCGAGGCGGUUAUAUGGGCUGCCACGGAAGCAUCAAGGUAUACUCGAAGACCAGAUUCGACGAUACCCCUGUCGUCGAUCUCGAUGAUGACUUGAAAGAAGGAGACCUUUGCUGGCUCGAGACACCCUUGAAUCCUACUGGCGAAUCACGUGACAUCAAGUACUACGCUGACAAGAUCCAUGCAGUCGGCGGAAAACUCCUAGUGGAUUCGACGUUUGGACCCCCGCCUCUUCAAGACCCGUUCAAGUGGGGCGCUGACUGCGUUUUCCACAGUGGAACAAAGUAUUUUGGUGGUCAUUCUGAUCUUCUUUGCGGGGUCCUGGUCGUCAAAUCCGAAGCUGAGUGUAAAGAACUCUGGCAGGACCGCGUUUAUAUGGGCAAUGUUAUGGGCUCAAUGGAGUCGUGGCUGCUCCUACGGUCCCUCCGUACGCUGCAUCUCAGAGUUCCGAGGCAGUCCGAGAACGGCACAGCUCUGGCGCAGUGGCUCAGUAAAGCCGUUAACGUCCCCGCCGGCCAAGAGCAUGAUGGUCUCCCUGGAGGGAUUCUCACCCACAUCUGGCACUCCAGUCUGCAAGGCGUCGACGAGCGAGGUUUCGACCCUGCUAAGCAAAUGGAGGGGGGAUUCAAUGCCACGUUUUCCGUUGUCGUUUCAAAGCCGGAGUACGCGGAGCGCCUACCAAACUACUUACAUUACUUCGUGAAUGCCACGAGCUUGGGAGGGGUUGAGUCUUUGAUUGAGCAGAGGUCCCUGUCAGACCCCAGUGAGGAUCCGCUCCGCAUCCGGAUUAGCGUAGGGGUUGAGGAUAUUGAGGACCUGAAGAACGAUAUGCGCCAAGCGUUCCAAAAGCUAGCAAAGCUUCAAGUCUAGGUGGUUCAGCUAGUCUAGACAGCGCAUGUAAAAUAUCUCCAGAGGAAAAAUAGAUCUAGGGGAAAGAUAUCAUUGUAGGACGAAGCCACCAUGUUGAAGAGUUGUUGGAGUUCGUAAUUGAUGAGAAAUACCAAUGCACC